GUGCCCUGUGUUGCAUUCGACGCCCAAAAUGGCGGCACGAUUGAAAAGUUUUGACUGUUUUGCUCGAGUUUGUUUUCAUACUAUUAAUCGGGGUGUGUAGCUCUUCCGCGCCCACCAGAAUCAACGUGGAUUCUGUGUCUCGCUCUGUUCCCCACAAUGACUUCGGUACAUGUCAAACAUGAGAAUAGCGCUUAGCUGUCAUCCCCAAAUUCGGGCUCACUUUGCCGAAGCGGGGCUAAGCUAAGCUAAGGGAAGCUAUCGAGCUAGCGGGGAGUUGCGGUCUUUAAAGCUCCGCGGGUUAUGUGUUCCCUCGUUCGGACAAGGGCGGUAGGUUGAACAUGAAGAACAUGACAUUGCCGUAGCAAUGGAGGAAGAUGUGAAAAAAGUGAAAAAGCCUGGUAUCGUGUCGCCGUUCAAGCGGGUCUUCCUGAAGGGAGAAAAGGGGCGGGACAAAAAGGCUCAGGAGAAGUCCACAGAGCGCCGGGCCCUGCACACCUUCUCACUCUCGCAGCCCGACCAUCGCAUUGAUCCUGACAUCCUCCUCAACGACUACAUUGAAAAAGAAGUCAAGUAUUUGGGCCAGCUGACAUCUGUUCCAGGAUACUUGAAUCCUUCAAGCAGGACAGAAGUCCUUCAGCUCAUCGACAAUGCAAGAAAGUCACAUCAGUUGGCAGGCCAACUGACGUCAGAGCAGGACGCCGUGAUGAGCUUGUCGGCGUACAACGUCAAGUUAGUGUGGCGUGACGGCGAGGAUAUUAUUUUGAGGGUGCCCAUCCAUGACAUUGCCGCUGUCUCCUACGUCAGGGACGACUCGCUGCACCUCGUUGUCAUCAAGACCGCCCAGGAAUGCGGAGGCUCUCCUUGUCACAGCUCCUUUACCGAUCUCAACAAAUCCCAAACGCUGAGCUCCUUGUCAGAGAGCGGCGCCGUGCUGGUGGAGGUCUGCUGUCUGCUUGUCCUCGCAGUCAACAACAAAGCAGCAGCAGAGGAGCUGUGUCUGCUCCUCAGUCAAGUCUUUCAGAUCGUUUACACCGAGUCCACCAUCGACUUCUUGGACAGAGCCAUCUUUGACGGAGCCACCACCCCCACCAGGCAUCUCUCUCUGUACAGCGGUAAACAGGAACUCAGCAUAUCAUGGUUACGGAGGUCGUUUUCUAACGUGUUGUUAUCCUCAGAUGACUCGUCAAGUAAAGUGGAUGUUAAGGCGGCGUUUGAAGGCGACGCCAGCUCUUUUCCUUUCCAGGCAUCAAUGGACGCAGAUGGCAGCUCGCCGUCAGCCUCCAGCCCCGCCUCCCCACAGGUGAAGACGGCGAGCGAAGGGGAACUCAGCACCACGGCUGCAGAGCUGCUUCAGGACUACAUGACCACACUGCGCACAAAGCUGUCCUCCCAGGAGAUCCAGCAGUUUGCCACUCUGCUUCACGAAUAUCGCAACGGAGCCUCCGUACACGAGUUCUGCAUUAAGCUAAGACAGCUCUACGGUGACAGCAGGAAGUUCCUACUGCUCGGCCUGCGUCCCUUCAUACCUGAGAAGGACAGCCAGCACUUUGAAAACUUUCUGGAGACCAUCGGGGUCAAAGACGGCCGGGGCAUCAUCACAGACAGCUUCGGCCGCUACCGGCGGGCAGCGAGCUCAGCCUCCGACUCCACCACCAACGGCAACGGGGCGGAAAGCGGUAGCGGAGACGGCGCCGCCUCCGACGAGAGCCAAGAGACCUCCGAGGGCGACGAGUGGGACCGCAUGAUCAGCGACAUUAGCAACGACAUCGAAGCACUCGGUUGCAGUAUGGACGGCGAGGGUGUGACGCCCUGAUACGACUGAUGUGAUCACAUGAUGCUUGUUCGCACUGAAUAUUUGCUAUAACUCCCUCAACACAUGAAGUCAAACAAAUGCACUUGCAAUCAAGUCUUUUUAUGUCGUUUUUGUACCCACUUAUAGGCAGUAUCUGCCACUGCUGUCAGCUAUGUAGCUACAAACAGGACUGGUUUGGAUUCUUUUGUAUCAUUGCUGCCUUAUUAUAUAUACAUGUUUUACAUUUUACACUAUCAUUUAUUAGUGUUUACUCACUCUAACUGACCCACGAAAUGCUGUAAAAGUUUUAUUCAUCAAGUGUUCUUGACAAAGCCAGUUCAUUUGCGGCUGAUGUGACUUACUCUCAUGCAGGUCAUCUGGCAUUUAUCCCUGAUUGUGCCUUUAAAACUGUAGCACAGCCGCUAUGUGCGAAUGUUUAUUAUUAAAUAACACUGAGUUUGGCAUUCAA